AUGGGCUUUUGGGCGAUGGCUCCGGAGGGCGCGCGGCUCUUCUUCUGGGCUCUCGCUCUGCUCGCCACGCUCGCCACGCUGCUGGCCGUCUUGCUCGCCCGCUUGGUGCUCGACCAGUACUGGAAAUACAGGGAGCUGAAGCACAUCCCGGGGAUCCGUCCCUGGUACCCGCUGCUGGGCAAUGCGCUGCUCCUUGACCGCGAUCGGAAAGGUAAAGGCGCCCUCUUCCUCCCUCUCCUCCGGGCAGCUGAUGCGCGCAAGCAGCGCAAAAAGGCAGCGCUGUGAACCAGGAAACCCGCGCCGCGCUAUCUUAAUCUCCCACUCUGAGGUUCUGCCUUUUCUUUUGCUCUUUAUUUCAAGAAGGAUUUCCGACCGACACGUACGUGAGUCAUUUCCUUUUGUGCAACGUCUGUUUACCGCAGUUGUGUGAGUGUAUGCGUGAAUUGAAAAAGGCAAGCAAGCAGGUUGAUUUUUAUUUUUAAAAAGCACAACUGUCAAUUAAUUUAUUAUCGAAUAAAAUACUGUAUCUUCAGUUGUUCCAGAUGAAACAGAAAAGCGGGGGGGGGCAGGUCACCCCCAAGGGAAAAAAAAAAUCUCAAAAAAUAAGGAGGAAAUAAAAGAGAAGGAUGAAACUCUCAUGUGAUUGAAGAUGAGGCAGCAUCAGGAGGUGUUGGUGGGUGGCAUAAAAUGAGUUUGGAAGUUUUCCUGAAUGCUCUGUUUAGGAUCCUUGGUGGUUCCCCAAAGAGCUAAAAUGUUAGAUUUAAAGAAAUCCUGAAGCCUAAAGCAAACAUGCUAAUGAGGAAGCACUCAGAACUCCAUUAUAUAUAGGCAAAUCAUACUGGAGCCAAUUAUCUUCUAUAGGAUGAAGUCCAUAUUUUGUAGCAUGCUUAAUCAGCUCUGGUGAUAUUGGAAGUAAUUAUCCUCCACAUCCCAACCAAAUCUAAUAGGCUGCCUGAAACCUGUUUAAGGCAUGUUGGAAACAUCUCAAAAGGUUGCCCCUUCUCCAUUACAGUACUGAACACAAGCCCUGUGUAGAUAAUGAACUGUGAGUGGGGUGGGGAUACUCAAUUUUCAUGCCACUAUGUCAGUGGUUGCCAGCCUUUUUGGACCCAUGGGCACAUUUGCCGAAUGGAGAGAUUAUUGUGGGCACCACCUCCGUGCCACCCCCUAUUUUAUCGGCUACAGCAGAAUCCUUUCAAAUUUCAUGGGGGGGGGGGAGAGAGAAGGGGACCUUGUGGUACCAGGAAGGGCUUUGUGGGUACAUGGCCACCCACAGGCACCACAUUGACAACCUCUGCUCUCCCUGUUCAUUUGUAUUCACAGCUGCAUGUUUGGGCUGAGCUACAGGCAAGCUACAAGAUAGUGUGGCAUGACCCAUAGGAGUUGAACUGCAAAACUUUUAGAUAUCUCUUGAACAAUCAGUUUAUUUUUUUAUUUUUUUUAUUAAUUAAUAUUUAUGAAAGUUUCAGAAAAAAUAAAAUCACAUUAAUAAACACAAAAAUUUUAACAAAAACAGAGAAAAAUACACCAUACAAAAUACAAAGUACAGAAUAAAAAAAAGAAAAAAAAGAAAAAAAGAAAAAGAAAGAAAAAGAAAAAACAGUUAAAAAUAAUUCCGUCCUUUCAUAACCUCUUUUAAAUUUACUUAUUUCCCGGACUUCCUCAUACCUCCCUCUUUUGUAUUCCAUUUCAGUUUGUAAACCCAGCAAUUUCUUACCCUCCUUUUAAUUCCAGUCCUAAAUCUUGAUAUAUUAUGACAUUAGAUUUUUACCUGUUUGAAUCCAUUUUUCCAUUUCUCUUAGUCUUUUUGGUCCUAAUCCUUAAUCUUGAUACAUUUAUAGCCUUAAAACCUGUUCAGCUAGAAGCCACUUAACUUCAAUCCAACAUCACUCUAACAUUCAUUGAUUUUGCAAUAUUUCUGUAAAUAAUCUUUAAAUUUCUUCCAAUCUUCUUCCACCGACUCUUCUCCCUGGUCAUGGAUUCUGCCAGUCAUUUCCGCCAAUUCCAUAUAGUCCAUCAUUUUCAUCUGCCAUUCCUCCAGUGUGGGUAGCUCUUGUGUCUUCCAAUACUUUGCGAUAAGUAUUCUUGCUGCUGUUGUGGCGUACAUAAAGAAAGUUCUGUCCUUCUUUAACACCGAUUGGUCGACUAUGCCCAGGAGAAAGGCCUCUGGUUUCUUCAAACAGGUAUAUUUAAAUACCUUUUUAAAUUCAUUAUAAAUCAUCUCCCAGAAAACCUUAAUCCUUGGGCACGUCCACCAAAGGUGAAAGAGUGUACCUUCAGUUUCUUUACAUUUCCAACAUUUAUUAUCGGGCAAAUGGUAAAUUUUUGCAAGCUUGACUGGGGUUAUGUACCACCUGUAUAUCAUUUUCAUAAUAUUCUCUCUUAGGGCAUUACAUGCCGUAAACUUCAUACCCGUGGUCCACAACUGUUCCCAGUCAGCAAACAUAAUAUUAUGUUCAACAUCUUGUGCCCAUUUAAUCAUCAGUUUCAUCUGAUAUUCCAUUCGCAGUAACAUUCUGGCAAAUUCUUAGUUUUGGGUUCUAGAGUUCUGCUAUUUCAUUUUCACCUGACAAUUUCUGUCAAUUGUAGCCUCCAUUAUCUGAUAAAUAACUCGACUUGUUUUAGUUUCAAAACUCUGGUUCAAUCUAUCUCAUCUUGUUCUAAAUUUAACAUGCCACCUAGAGCUUUACUAGCCUUUCCUUGGUGGCCAAAUUUCUCUUUUUAGCUUUUAAGCGUCUGCAAGACUAUAAUUGACUGUAUUGAUAUGGGGCUAUCUGUUUAGCCCAUUUUAGUGUUGGCUAAGUUUUAAAAUCUUCCUGGAUGUUUUUAACUGUGUAUUGAUAAAAUGUACUUUUUUCUGACUGACGGUCGAAUAAAAAGGAUGAUGAUGAACACUCAUAAAUGGGGAUCAUUUAUACAGUCAAAAUGAAUUCUAAGCAAAUGUAAACUAUAGUCUUAGACUUUCACAUAAUUGUUCUCUUUGAAUAUCAGGAGGUGGGAGGCUGGAAUCUGCACCUCAUCUCUUGCAAUCUUAAUUUGGGUAGAGGGGUCUCCUGCUAUGUGACUAUUAAUCUUAGCUUAGAGUGGGUGCUGUUCUCAUGAGAACAAGUAGCAUGGAUGUGGGAUCAUUCACUUUCUCAUUUUCAAACUGCAUGCAUGUUUUUUCCAGGUGCCUUUUCUCAGGUGAUACGUUCUACUGAAUUGUUGCGGAAUAUCCCACUGUUACUCCUUUGGGUAGGGCCAUUGCCCUUUUUAGUAUUAUAUCAUCCAGAUACUGUAGAGGUGAGUCUCCCAUUGUUACUCUUCAUAGCAGGGCAGGAGAAGUCUCUCCCACCCCCCUUCACCCAGGGUUGCAUUUGCGGGGAUUAAACUGUCAAUGGGUACAUGUCAGCAGUGGGUGGGGCCAGUGGUGGAGGAAGCCGCUCAGGCGCUGGCGGACGAAGGUGGAGGUGGGGGGAGUGGGCCACACCGGGUGCCAUUAGGGGAAGGGGUGCCAUCGCGGCCGCUCCCCAGGUCACGCACCGCGCCCUCCCGGGAUACACACCACAUGCCGUGCAACCCCGGGAUGCAUGCUGUACCCCCGCGUGCAGUGUGCCACACCCCUGCGCUGUGUGCCACGCCCCCAUGGGUGGUGCGCCAUGCCCCCGGGACAUGCACCACGCCCCCACAGGCAGUGUGCCACGCCCCCGGGACAUGCGCCAGCCACGCCCCCACCUGUUCUCCGCUCUGGGGGCUGCAGCAUGUAGCUCCGCCACUGUGCUCGGGCUCCUGGGGUGGCACGCCCAGGGGCAGGGUGAGCCACCCAUAGGGGCGGGGUGCACCAUGGGGGAUCUGGAGUCUGCCUGCCUUAUCCCACUCAGCUGCCCUACAGCGAGGGGGAGGCAGCGGGUGGACUGUUUGGGCAGCGCAGAGCCUGCACGCGCCAAGCCACCGUGUCUCUCCCAGGAGAGACAUGUGGCUUGGGUGCACUGCAGGCCCCGCAGUGAGUGCCGCCCGGCAUUUUGUCACCCCCCUCAGUGGUGACAGCCGCGGCAGCCCACACCCACCGAACCCCCUUCCUCUGCUGGAAUGGGUGGUGAAUAGGGCCAAAGUGUCUGCUAAAACUGUAGAAACACCCACCCACACAUUUCCUCACACACAUCAUCCAUCACCUUGGCUAUCUUACCUUAGUGUACUGCAAGUUGUGUAGCGGUAUUCUAGGUUGACCCUUGGCAUUAUUAUGUCAUAAAAGACUUUUGCGAGAAAAAUCCUAGAUCUGUCACGUGCACACCUUGGAUUACUGCACGGAGAGAGAGAAAAUAGGGGAAGAAUGUUGACAUUCAUCUGGUGACCUGGUAUAAUCUGAAGAGACAUCAAAAUGGUGAUAGAUGGAACUGUACACAUUGCUCAGUGUAUCCAAGUAAAGUUCAUUUUCAGCCUGGUACUAUCAACACAAUCCUGUGAAAAUUUCCUCAGAAAUAGGUUCCAUUGAGUCUCAUGGGGCUUUAUUGCUCGUGUGUGUUUUGCAAAUCUAUGCACACUUACUGGGAGAAAGCUCCAUUAGUCUCAUAGGAACUUAACUUGCAUCCCUGAUGCAGAUUAGAGAAUGUAGUUUCUGAUUUCAGGAUUUGUCAUACCUCGGGGCAUAAUCAACAUCGGAAUAUAAAGAUAAAGCAAACCUGCCUUGCAAGCCACUUUAGUCAAGCCCACUAAAUCACUAAGUCACUUUGAACUCAAAUAGAAUCUAUUUCAGAUAGCUGACUUAUUUUGAAGGACAAAUUGAACAGAUAGCAUAGAAGGGCAAAGUCAAUAAUUUAUGCCCUUCUCUUCUGUUGGCAGGUUGUAUUGAGUAGCUCUAAGCAUAUUACGAAAUCCGAUCCCUACAAGUUUUUGCAUCCUUGGCUGGGCACAGGACUUCUAACAAGGUAAAUCAAAAACAACCCAGAACAUGGGUGAGGCAGUGUACCCUUUUGUCACGCCUUGUGUAGGUGGAGUGUGUGGCACUGAUUGAGCUAUUAGUCCUGUUCUGAAGGCCUGCCCCACACAUUUAAUGAAUGUAUGAAGGUGGAAGCCAGACUGAGAUCAUAGGCCAUACCCCCAACAUCCCACUGAUUGUGUGAAAAGGGUCUCUCCCUACAGAGGUAUUUAUUGCAGAUGGGAGGCCCCUUUCAGAUGCUCUGCUGAUUGUGUGGAGAAAAUGGUCAGUUUGGGGUGAGGAAGAAUGGAGUGACUGGAAACCUGAACAAGAGAACUGCAAUAUUGUAUGGCUGGUUCUGCUUGAAGACAUUACAUGCAUUUUGUUUUGAAAUUUGUGUAGAGAAAAAUAAUAUUUAAGUCUUUGUUUUGCAGCACUGGAAGCAAAUGGCGGUCCCGAAGGAAAAUGUUAACGCCCACUUUCCAUUUCACCGUCUUAGAUGAUUUUCUUGAAGUGAUGAAUGAACAAGCCAAUAUCCUUGUUCAGAAACUUGAAAAGCAUGUGGACAAGGAGCCAUUUGAUUGUUUUUUAUACAUCACAUUGUGUGCCCUUGAUGUAAUCUGUGGUAAAUGCAGUUGCUGCUGUCAAAGUGUUGCAGUGAAUGAGGUUUAAAGAUCCUUGCUCAUUUGUUGGGCAAAUGGACAUUUUUGUGAGAUCUGACCAGAAGAGUUGUUCACCUUGCAAUAAUGUUACUUACAUUUCGCUUCCUAAAUUGGGCACAUUUACAUAAUACAAAUAGCUUGUUAUCCAUUUAAAUGCUGAUUGAAUAAUCCAGUGGAGAACAGGGAUUUAAAAUAUACACUGAUGGAGUUGGAAAAUAAAAUAACAGACUGUGAUCAGUUUGAAUAAUUGUUGAUUUGCCAUCAGUCUGAAUACAGGUCAUGAUUGGGACACAAACACACAAUACUAUGGGAGGAAAUGAGAAGUUCUGGAUACAGUUACUGUAGUAGUGGUGCUGUGUUAGUACAAGACACACUUGACAAUGAACUGACCACUGACCAGUGGUAGAGUGCAGCAGGUCUUGGGUUCAAAUCCUGGCUGGGAAACACCCUGGCUCUGAAACUUGGAAAACCAUUGGAAGUCAGUAUGACUCGAUAUAUGGUUGCUCCCUGUGUUCAUUUUAUGUCUCACUCUUUGGUUUGUAGGCAAAUGAUUCUCUAAUUGAUUUCUUUCUCUCCUGUUCCUAGAAACAGCUAUGGGCAAGAACAUAGGAGCACAACACAAUAAGGAUUCCGAGUAUGUCCAAGCUGUCUACAGGUAGGUGUCAAUGUGAUGAUCUAUUCCAGCAGCAGGAAAUAGAGAUGGUAGUUGGACUCCAGCCACAUUUCGAGGGCUGCAGGUCCCCCCCCCCCGCUUCAAUGGAGCCUUGGUCCGCAAAUACUAGGAGAAAAAUCUCUUUCCCUUCCAUGAUGCAGACAACCUUCAGCUUUAACUUGACUGUCUGCAUGAUAAGCCUUCAAAGGAAAUGAUUUUAGAAUGUUGUAUUAUUUUUUUACUGUUGUUAGCCGCUCUGAGCUUGGCUUCGGCUGGGGAGGGCGGGAUAUAAAUAAAUUAUUAUUAUUAUUAUUAUUAUUGUCUGCUUUGUAUGAGCUUCCUCUCUGCACCUCUUUUCUGGAGGUGGGUUGCAGAAACUGGGCCUCUCUGGGGGUUGAAUGCUGAUGUAGAAGCCACAAUAACCCUGCAGGCGAUAGGGGCAUGGCAUAUCUGUUUCACAUGUAAACUAUUUUUCUCUGCCUCUUUACAUGACAGCCUAGUUGCAAGAAAUCUGGGCUCUUUGCUGUACUUUGCAGCACUUUUCUAGAAAGCGUUGUUGCUUGUUACCCUAGGAUGACCGAUCUGAUUCAUAAAAGACAGAGGUCUCCUUGGUUCUGGUCUGACCUUUUGUACCUCAUGUUCCGACAAGGAAGAGAACAUCACAGGACCCUGAAGAUACUUCAUAACUUUACUGAUAAUGUAAGCUGUUGCAUUUUCUCUUUAUGCAUGAUGUUUCAUAGACACCAAUAUCAAAGUGAUUUCUGCUAAUAUUCACAAUUGUGGCUCUCCCAACUCAAACGUCCUGUUCAGGGCGUGUUCACAGGGUGUAUGUGAGGCCUCCCAUUUUAUCUUCACCACAUGCCUGUAAGGUAGGCUCUGCUAAGAAACCGAUUUCUCCCUAGAGGUUUUUUUUCCAAUUCAGAAUGCUGGUAAGAUUUCAGCUUAAAAUCACUGUGUCUGUGAGGAGUUGUCACUUAGAAUUAUUUUGUUACAUGGGAUAAAAUGACCUUCGUAGAUUUACCCAGUCAGGCGUCCAUUUUCACGCAGUGCAUUUACAUCCAGACAGCUUUUACAGAGAUAUUGGAAAUGCCUUGUAUCCUGAUUUUAUGUAUAUUUACCCAGAAGUAAGUUUUUGCCCAUGGCAGUGUCCAUAGGGCACUUUAGACAAGUUGGGUGCAAUUGGAUAUAUUCUUCUUUUUCCUUGUCAGCACAAUGCACUUCGCUAGGUCCAGGGUGCAACAGAGAUAGCUUAUCACUUUAUAUGACACUGCAGGGAGUACACACAUUGGAUUAUGCAACCUGAUAAAUGAAUGACUUUUGUUUUGUUUCGACUGUCUAAGGUUAUUGCAGAAAAAGCUCAUGAACUAAAAAUUCAAGAGCAGCAUAAAAGUGAGGUUGUUGGCAAUGGUGAGCAAAGCAAGCGCAAAGUCAGGAGAGCUUUCCUUGAUAUGCUUCUGAAUGCCACUGAUGAUGAUGGGAAUAAGAUGAACUACCUGGACAUUCGAGAGGAAGUGGAUACAUUCAUGUUUGAGGUACAGAAUGCCCUGUAUAAGAGUGCUGGUUGUUCUCCCCUAUUUAAAGGAUCACAACAAACUAAUGUAUGUGAAGGUCUUUGAACAAAGACAAGACGUUAAGGGUCUUUCUGUCAGAUGACUUGGUAGUUUGGUGGUCAUCCAUCUGUCUUGGGAGGCAUUGGAGGUGUGUCCCUUUGAGGGUGAAGUCAAACUGUUGGAAGGUCGCAGAGCCUGUGGUGGCUGUAGAGACUGAUACGGGAGAGACAUAUUUUGUUGCAGCUGGGGCACAUGAAGGCAUUUCGUUGUGCUGCUGCAGAUGCACCAUGGUGUUUCUUCUCUCUAUGCUUCUCCCAGUGGUCAUUCCUCCUCUGGUCACUGCUGUGGUUGAACAACCUGUCUGUCUUGGACGCGUGAAACCAACCACCUGUCUCCUUGAUCUUUGCCCAUCCUGGCUAAUAAAAGCAAGCCUGGAAGGGCUGGGCGAUGGGCUCUGCGGGGUGGUGAAUGCUUCCCUCUGUGAGGGAACAUUCCCAGAUCCGCUGAAAGAGGCGGUCAUUAAACCGCUUCUUAAAAAACCAUCUUUAUACCCGGCCAGUAUGGCCAACUAUCGCCCAGUCUCAAAUCUUCCAUUCUUGGGCAAGGCGAUUAAGUGCGUGGUUGCUGAACAACUCCAGGCACGCCUGGAGGAUGUGGACCAUUUGGAUCCCUUCCAAUCGGGAUUCAGGCCUCAUCAUGGGACUGAAACUGCCUUGGUCGCGCUGGUUGAUGAUCUCUGGCGAGCUAGGGACAAAGGUGAGAGCUGUUUCCUAGUUCAGCUGGAUCUCUCAGCGGCCUUUGAUACAAUCAACCAUAAGAUCCUUCUGGACCGUCUAGAGGGGCUGGGAGCUGGGGUCACUGUUAUACAGUGGUUUCGCUCCUUCCUCCUGGGCCGUGUUCAGAAAGUGGUGGUGGGGAAUGAGUGUUCAGACCCCUGGGACCUCACUUGUGGGGUGCCUCAGGGUUCCGUCCUCUCCCCCAUGCUUUUUAACAUCUAUAUGAAGCCGCUGGGAGAGAUCAUCAGGGGGUUUGGACUGGGUGUCCAUCAAUAUGCAGAUGAUACCCAGCUCUACCUCUCUUUCAAAUCAGAACCAGUGAAGGCGGUGAAGGUCCUGUGUGAGUGCCUGGAGGCGGUUGGAGGAUGGAUGGCGGCUCAUGGAUUGAAGUUGAAUCCUGACAAGACAGAAGUACUGUUUUGGGGGGACAGGGGGGCGGGCUGGUGUGGAGGACUCCCAGGUCCUGAAUAGGGUAACUGUGCCCCUGAAGGACCAGGUGCGCAGCCUGGGAGUCAUUUUGGACUCACAGCUGUCCAUGGAGGCGCAGGUCAAUUCUGUAUCCAGGCAGCUGUCUACCAACUCCACCUGGUUCGCAGGCUGAGACCCUACCUGCCCACGGACUGUCUCGCCAGAGUGGUGCAUGCUCUAGUUAUCUCCCGCUUGGACUACUGCAAUGCACUCUACGUGGGGCUACCUUUGAAGGUGACUUGGAAACUACAACUAAUCCAGAAUGCGGCAGCUAGACUGGUGACUGGGAGCGGCCGCUGAGACCACAUAACACCGGUCUUGAAAGACCUACAUUGGCUCCCAGUACGUUUCCAAGCACAAUUCAAAGUGCUGGUGUUGACCUUUAAAGCCCUAAAUGGCCUCGGCCCAGUAUACCUGAAGGAGCGUCUCCACCCCCAUCGUUUUGCCCGGACGCUGAGGUCCAGCGCAGAGGGCCUUCUGGCGGUUCCCUCAUUGAGAGAAGCAAAGCUACAGGGAACCAGGCAGAGGGCCUUCUCGGUAGUGGUGCCCGCCCUGUGGAACGCCCUCCCAUCAGAUGUCAAAGCGAUAAACAACUACCUGACAUUCAGAAGACAUCUUAAGGCAGCCCUGUUCAGGGAAGUUUUUAAAGUGCGAUAUUUUGGUGUAUUUUUGGUUUCUAUGGAAGCCGCCCAGAGUGGCUGGGGAAACCCAGCCAGAUGGGCGGGGUACAAAUAAUAAAUUAAUUAUUAUUAUUAUUAUUAUUAUGUCUCCAGGCACUGCAGUCAUCUGCAAGAGCAGAUAUUGCCAGCCUUCAUGCCAUGUUUGCAGAUGUCUUUGUUGUGCAGAGUUGGCCUGCCAACGCAGAGGCAGAUUUAGGGGAGCGUGGCUGGUUUGGUUGCAACUCUCACACAGUUGCCAGACAGAUUGUUAAUGGUAGUUCAUUGAAUAUAAACUGUGACUUUAUCCACUGGUAAAAAAUUAGCAGUAUUGUUGUGUAUUUGCCCUCUGGUGGUUAUAAAGGCACUGAAGCAUGCUUGCUUAUUUACUAAUUAUUCAAUUCCAUUUAUGAAGUCCUUCCUUUAAAAUAUCUUGGAACUGUUUAACAAUACAAACAAUUUAAAAACAUCACAUAUAAAACAGUUACAAAUCCAUAUGUAGACCGGGAUCAAUGAUCCCCACUUAAAAUGCUUCUUGAGAAAGGAAGGUCUUCACUGGGCACCCACAAAACAAGAGGCAUCUGCCUGUUGUCUUGCGGGAGGCCGCUCCAAAGGGAUUUGUUGUUCUUUAAGACCUGGGAAGUUGGGGUGAGUUACAAUGGAGUAAUCAGCAACAAAGGAAGCAUGCUUUUAUACAACAAAUUGUUUUUGUAUGAAAUUUUCUAUUGUUAAUUUUUAUGACAUUUUCUGGAAUUGUGUGAAAGCAGGAAAGGCAGGAUAUAAAUAGAAUGAAGUAGCACCUUAGAAGCAAAGCUUCAGUUUAUAUGUCUGUCUUAUUGCUAGAUAGGAUUAUUAGCUGUUCAAACAAGAUCUUUUCAGAUUAUGGGAGUGACUCAGGAGUGUCAUUUUGCCUUUGGCACGUGGGAAGUGACCAGGCCUGGCAGAUUCCCUGGCCCCUGGUAUUCCCAAUAUACUUUAAAUUUUGAAAGACUUACUAUUGUGUAUGGGACUGGUGUCUUUCAAUUUUGGAUUUGAACUAGCUUGUUCGGGCCCUAGACUGGACCAUCACUAUAAUGCUUAAGAAUUCUAUUUUUUGUGAGAACAUGUUAGACCUCUUAAAUUCUUUCUUCCAAGGGCCAUGAUACUACCACUGCUGCUAUGAACUGGUGUAUUUACUUGCUUGCAAGUCAUCCAGAAGCCCAAAGGAAGGUUCACCAUGAAUUAGAUGAAAUUUUUGGUAAGUCUUUCUUUCCUGUGGGUAUAAGCCUGGGUAAGUUUAGAAUGCAGGGCUACUUCUAGGUAAGUGCUCAUGAGUAUCACCUGACUCCUCUAAUGCAGAGAUGGGGACUCUCUGGCCUGUGGGCCUAAUUUGGCCCAGCACAGACCCCAGUUAGGCCCAUGAGGCUGUUUUUCCUCAAACCACAUCCACCUGCUGCACGUUUGAUGUCAUAUGUGAAUGGAGUAGGUGAGGCUGUGGUUACAGAGGGAGCUUAAAGUGAGAAUGACUGCUGGGAUUGGUUGCCCUAAGAAGUUCCUAGAGAGCAAUGCUGUCUACAGGGGGGAAAUGUCUGCUUGCAGAUGUAGUUUUUGAAACCAUGCAGCGUCUGCAAACAGGCAUCAAAGGAGAUUUCUGUAAUUGCCAAUUGGUUGGUUGGGGGUUACAGCAAGAUCCUGUGAACUUUGAAUGGUGGGCAGCCCCACCAACUUUCAAAAUUGAUCUGUACUGAGAAGAGUAAGGGUCUGGUCCCCUGGUCAGUUCCUGUUCCCCACCACUGUUCUAAAUCAGGUGGGGAACCAAUGGUCCUGAAGACAUUCCUGGACUCCCAACUUGCUUUAGCCUCAGCCAGAAUGGCCAGUGCUUAGGAAAGAUGGGAUAUAUACUCCACUAACUUCUUCUGGAGGGCCACAGUCUCCCCAUUCCAGCUCUCAGAAGACAGCUUUAAACAAGAAACCUCUCUGGUGGGGCCUACACUGACUUGGCUUACUCAUCAUUCUGCAGAUAGAAUCCAUGAUGCAUAUGAUCCUGUCUAUUCACCCAGUAAUGGCCAUCCAUUGGUGUAGCUCUCUUAACCAGAUCUCCUUGGGCAGCUCAGUUAGUCCAGCCUUGGUUAGCUCAGUUGUUUAGCAUGACACUGGUAAUGCCAAGAUUGCAGGUUUGAUCCCUGUAUGGGACAGCUGCAUAUUCCUGCAAUGCAGGGGUUUGAACUAGAUGAUCCUCAGGGUCUCUUUGAAUUCUAUGAUUCUAUGAUUCCUAUAUAAGAUGUGCUGUGGUCUUCACAGCUUCAGUGUCUGUUAGCAAAAAGGAAGUCUUGAUGAGUCAGCGUAUUGUUUUAUCAUAACCCAUGGCUUAGGAAAGUGUGCUGACUUAAAGCUAUCCAGGCUAACUUCCUGAGAAUAAGCACAGAAAUGAAUUAUGGAAGUAACUGAUCUAGACCUAAAAUUGCCCCCUGGUCCAUCACCAUGUAAAAUAGCUGUAAGAACUUCAGUGUUAGGAUGCAUGUUUUGCUGGUUAUAAAUAACACAUGUUUGUCUCGCUGCCACUGGUUUUAUAAGGGAACUCUGAUCGUCACGUCACAAUGGACGACAUGAAGCAACUACGAUAUCUGGAUUGUGUUAUUAAAGAAGCUCUUCGCCUUUUCCCUUCUGUUCCACUUUUUGCUCGCAAACUGAGUGAAGAAUGUUAUAUUAGUAAGUAGUCCAAGUGGGUUUCUGGCUUGAUGAGCUAUGGCUAUAAGCUCAGGGCUAAUUUCAUGAAUAUCUGCUCUUUUUUCGCAGGAGGAUUCAGGGUACCAAAGGGGGUAGAUGCCCUAAUUCUGCCUUUUGCGCUGCAUAGAGACCCUGAUGUCUUCCCAGAGCCUGAGGAAUUCAGACCCGAGCGGUUUUUCCCUGAGAACGCGGCUGGACGGCACCCAUAUGCAUACGUGCCUUUCUCCGCUGGGCCUAGGAACUGUAUUGGUACAUAAGAGAGUCAAAAAUCUGUAUCUGGAAAGGAAAAAAAGGGGCAAUCAGUCAGUGGCAGGAAGUGUUUAAAGGGGAAGAAUAUUUAGACAUUGGCAUUAGGCAUUUAAAGCAGUGUCAUAUCCAUUUAAACAGUCUGGCUUCCUCCAAAGCAUCCUAGGAGCUGUAGUUUAAGGGUGCUAUGAGUUGUUUAGAGAAUUCUGGGAAUUGUAGCUCUGUGAGGGGAAUCAACAUCUCCCAAUAACUCUCAGCAUCCUUAACAAACUACAGUUCCCAGGAUUCUUUGGGUGGGUGUGUGCCAUGAAUUGUUAACAGUAUCAUAGUGCUUUAAAUGUAUAGUGUGAAUGCACCUCAGUCUAAAGUUAUUUCUGCAUCAAUAUUAUCAGUCCUUCCCUUCCAAUUUUUCACUUACUCCUUCCAAUGGCUGCAAUUCCACUGCCUCACCCUCUCUGUGUUUGUUUGGUGGUUUUGUAUAAUUACAGAAAAGUGUUUAAGGAUUUAAAAAUGAAUCUGAGAACCUGACCUCAAUGUCACAUGACUCAUGUUGAAUAAUAAUAAAUAUGUAUUAUUGCUCUAGUUAAUUGUAUAUUGUCAUUGCUUUCCAAUUCCUCUGCAGGUCAGCGCUUUGCACAGAUGGAAGAAAAGACUAUUUUAGCCACCAUCCUACGGCGCUUCUCUGUUGAAAGUGCACAGCGACGUGAUCAACUUGACCUUGUAGGAGAACUGAUUCUUCGUCCUGAUAAAGGCAUCUGGAUUCAGUUGAAAAAGAGAAAAUAA